CCCACCCUGGCAGUAGCCUCCCCAGGACCCACUUCCCCACUCCCGUAACUACAACACUCAUUGCCAAAUGCUCCCCGGGUGGUUGUUGGGGCUGACCAGCAAACAGCUCUGGCUGGGGGAGCACAGGGUGAGGAGCCUUAACAUGUGCCAGGACACAGCAUUCUGUGACACCGUGGCAUUCUCUACUCCCCCAGGCCAGCACUGUGGAUGGAAGGGCUGGGUCCUGCAGCUACGGUGGAGUGAGUGACUGAGGCACCAGCACUCACCUUCAGGGACUUGGCUGCUGCCUACCAGGCAGGUGGCCAGCACAGGGAGUCCAACACCAGUGCCGGACACACAAACCCCAGGACAGCCCAGGGGGACAGAAGGUGUUGGUGUACAACAUCCCAUAAUCUCAGGCCUAGCUAGUCUUGGACGUUGAAAUUGUUUUUCUAUUACUGUUACUUUAAUUGACUAUGCUUCCGGCUAUAUAUCAACAGUAUUAACUGACUUUGAUAUUGUUUCCAUUGACUAAGUUAAUUUGCAUAUCCUGCCUAUGUGGCUGAAUAUCAUUGGCUAGAACAUCAAGCUAGUUAAUAAAAGAGGACUGAACAGGCUGCUCUCAAGCAAGCCACAGAGCAACUCCCAGAAAACGUAUUUCUUUCGCAUGCAUAUUUUAAAUGCCUCAGACUGUCUAACCAAACCUUACUGCAAACAUAUGUUGUAACAUAAGGCGAGGAGAAACUCUGGCACCCAACAAGGGCGGCCCCCGUGCUAGCUGACCACUGGAGCCUCUCAGGGGCCAGUCGAGCCAGCCCCCUUAACUGCCAGGUUGUCCCUCAAGCUAGCUGACCACCGGACUCCCUCGGGGGCAAGUCUAGCCGCCACCUAACUGCCAGCCUGCAGGCCCAUUAAGUCGUGCCAGAAUGAGGGGCAAGAGGAACAGAGGUGUGUGAGGUGUGGAAAAGACAAGGCAGCUGUAGAAUAAGUUGGAACUCCCAGAAAAUCUAAGAAACCUCAUCAUCGACCACAACAGAUGCAGGAUGAGGACUUAGAUUCCAGUAUGGAUAUCUUUUAUCCCGAGGGGAAUGAACCCUUGGAUGUACUGGGAGAUUCAGAGCAACAUCCACAGAUCCCUCACAAGACUGAAUCCUUUUCACCCCAGUCCCAGCAUCCAGAACCCUCUGAAGAGCUAGAACAGCUUCCCUUUAAGGCCCUGGAAGCUGAAGUUUCAGCAAGCACACAACAGACCCCAGCUGCACUUCCAGGAUUUCCCGAGGAAUCGAAACCUUUAGUUCCAGACUCAGAUUUGCUGUCCAGUACCCCUGAAGAGGGUGAUACUGCUUCAGUCCUGCCAGAAAUCCUAGUUCAGCCUACAUUGGCUCCUGAAGAAAGGGGGUCUUCAGUACCUCAGGAGAUGGAAGCUCAGUCUUCAGAGUCAGGUCUGAAAGUGCAGUCUUUACUUCAUCAUCAGCCAAAUGAACUGUCUCCAGUCCAGAAAGAAGCCCAUCUUUCAAAUAUAUCUACUGUCAUCAUCAAACCUGCCUAUCUGCAGAUUACCGGAACUCCAAGAGUCAAUAAGCAGGAUGAAAUUUCAACCCAGCCAGAAACCCUAAGUCUAAGUCACACAGGAGAGAACCGUGAAGAGAAUGAACACUCUCUAGCUCAAGAGGUGGCCCAGUCUCAGCCUCUAGAGAGCCCUGAGGGUGACUCUGCCAUACAGCAGGAGGCAGUGGCUCAAGCUCCAGAGAUCCUUGAGGUGACUGAAUCUUCUAUCCAGCAGGAAUCCCUAGCUCAACCUCCUGAAUCUUCUAUGGAGUUGGAAGCUCAACCAUUUCUUCAUCCUGCGGAAAAUCUUCCAACUCCAAGUCAGAAUGGAACUUCACACUUAAACUUGCCCCAUGUCACUGCUCAGCCUUUGAGUGUGACAUUUUCCAUUUUUUCAGAGGUUGGUGAUGAGGUUGAAUCUUCUCCAGUGCCACAGGAGGCCCUGGAUCAACCGUCUGAGCCAUCUGAGGAAUCUGUCACUAAUCCACCUCUGCAUCCCGAAGAGUUUAUUACAUCUCCACGUCACAAUGAAUCCCUAAGCUUAAAUUUGACAUAUGUCAGUGCUAAACCUAUUGGUGUGACAUUUUCCAUAUCUACAGAGAUCAGUAAUGAGGAUGAACCUUCAGUCCAGCAGGAGAUGCAGGCUCAAUCUCCUGAGCCAUCUGAGGAAUCCAUCACUCACCCUUUCCCGCAUUCUGAAGAAAAUAUUCCAUCUCCAAGUCACAGUAAAGCUCCACACAUCAACUUGCCCAGUGUCACUUCUAAUCCUAAGGGUGUGACUAUUUCUGAAACUACAGAGGUCAUAAAUGAGGUCAAACCUUCAGUUCAGCAGGAGGCCCAGGCUCAACCUCCAUCCCAGGAGGUCCAGGCUUCAUUUCCAGGCCUCUCUGAGAACAUGGAAUUAUCUGGCUGGCAGAUUUUAUCAUCAACCAUUUCUGAAACACAGAUGUUCCAGAGUGAGAUGGUAGCUCUACAUUUGGGUCAGACUCUAACUCAGCUUUCGCCAGACAAGGAACCUGCUGAGAAAAUGGAAAUUUCUUCACCUGUGCAGGAGACCCUCACUCAGCUUUCAGAGUUACCAACAGAUAUCGUUUUGGCUCAGGCUUCAGAGCAUUUGGAAGGACCACUUUCAGCAUCAACUCGGCAUCCAUCAUCAGUCCGGGUCACGACUCUCACGGCAGAACCAAGUAGGGAGAGCAAAGCUUCUACGACCCUGAAGAAGACUACCGCUCCCACAGAGCACACUGUGACAAAACCAACAGGGAAUGUGCGGACUCAUUCAAUCGCCACUAAGAUUUCAGCUCUACCCAGUCUGGGGGUUUUGAAGACAGUACCUUCUCCAACCACACAGAAGACCCCAGGUCAGACUUCUAAUCAAAAUCAACCUUCUACACAUCAAUAUAUAACUGUACCUUCAGAACACACUGUGAAGACUAAACCCUCGACAACCCUGACAAGUACCAGUGCUGCAGAACACUCAGAUGUGACACCUAUUACACCAUCUCUGAGUCCUCAUUCAAACCUGAGUGAAGUCACAUAUCCACCUAUAAACAAGGACGUUACUGUCACUGAAGGUAGUUCAGUUACAGCUCCAACCAUGCAAGAGACUGGAGUUCCGUCUUCAAAGGCCCCAAAGAAAGCUGAGGUAACAGUUUCAACAAGUACCACUCUGACAACCCCCACAGAGGGAUUGCUGUCAGAACAGGGUCAGCAUCAACACACAGAUCUGAGUGAACAGACAUCUGUAACUUUGGACGAAACGCCACAACCAGAAACAUCAAGGACAGCUUCCCUGAGUCACUCUUCAGCCCUAUCUUCUGGACGAUCUACUUCUGAAAAGGCACAUGUAGAUUUCCCUGAGCAACUGCAACAGAAUGAACACAUGACCUUCAACAUAUGUGAGCUCUGUACCUGCACAGAGGAUACCCUCUCCUGCACCGGUCUCAGUCCAGAGAAGAGGCUCCGUAGAGUGCCUGUGCCAGGGCCCAACAUCAACAGGACCUUCACUAUACUAAAUUUCCAAGGAAACUCUAUUUCUUCCAUUGAUGGAAAUACAUGGAAGGCAUACCCUUGGGUUGAGAAACUAAUCCUCAGUGACAAUUCUUUGACUGAAUUACAUAAGGAUUCAUUUGAAGGCCUGCUAUCCCUCAAGUACUUAGAUUUAUCUUGCAAUAAGAUACAGUUCAUUGAAAGGUGUACAUUUGAAGCACUACCAUUUUUGCAGCAUGUGAAUCUUGGUUGCAAUUUAAUCACUGAACUGAGCUUUGGAACGUUUCAGUCCUGGCAUGGAAUGCAGUUUUUACACAAGAUAAUUCUCAGUCAUAAUCCUCUAACAACUAUUGAAGAUUCAUAUCUUUUUAAAUUGCCAGCAUUAAAAUAUCUAGACAUGGGAGCAACAUCAGUGUUGCUUGGACCAGUCCAAAACAUCCUCAUGAUGACUCUUGAAUUAGAAAAACUGAUAUUACCUAGGCAUCUCACCUGCUGCCUCUGUCAAUUUAAAGUUAUUAUUGAAAUCAUGUGCAAGACAGUCAAACUACAUUGUACCACUCAAUGUUCUACCAGUACCACACACUGUGAUGAGGAAGAGUCCAUAAGCAACACCAAAGGGGACUUCAUGAAGGUUUUACAGGCCCGAAAGAGGACAACCAGCACCGAGCUAACCAUUGAAUCGGAGAACACCUCGCCAGAGAGGAACAGCAUGUCCCUUUUAGUGAACGAGCAGCUAGACGUGAAUGAUGAGAGUGAUAUCAGUACUGGGCUAAAUUACAUAGUGCCUUUUCUCCUGGAUGGGAACAUAGGAGAUUUUGAAUCAACAUUGUUAUCCUUCGUUAAGCUCCUUUUUUCAGAUAUGCAAGAUGGAGCAAAUCCUCUGGAACAUUUGAAGAAUAGCACAAUUCCGAUGUCUCUACAGCUCGAAUCCAACAAUACAACAUACAAUAAGUCGAAAAGUCUCCAUUUUCUGGAAAGCUUGAUAAAUGCAGGAACUCAAGCAAAAGUUCACAAAGCUAGAAAGAGAGAGAAAACUGCCACGCUGGUCAGUUCCAUACUUUUUGGGCCCAAACUGAAACAUCACAUCUUUCCGAAGAAAUUGAAAACUGUCUGGCCAAAGAGAAAGCACUUAGGAAAGGUGGAGGAGGGGGAGAGGCAAGCACUGCAGAUGAGCAGCACGUUCAAGAACCCCGGGGGCCUCCAGAAGAGGCGCUUCAAAGAAGGGGGCAAUCAGCACAGCCUAAGGAAAGGGGAGGCUCUGCCCACGACGGGGAACAUUGCCCAAAAAAGAAGGCUCAGGCAGCCGGCCCCAAGAGAACCGAAAGAGCUUCCCUUGGCAGGGAGGCCCACGAAAUGGGUGGAAAACUCCUUCAAUGAAGAGGCCUCCUCCAUCCAGGAGCACAAGGCGGUGUUCUCCAUGCCCCUGAAAGAGUUCUCCAUGGGCAGCCCAUCUGCCGCCACUCCUAAAGUCCCAUCCGAGAACCCCAAAGACCUAAGGGACAUUCUCCGCGUUUUAGAAGACGCAGAUGCCAGGGUUCGGAACAUGAAGUUUCCCAGGCCCAUCCCACACAAUGGAACAAAUUAUAAUUUUCAGAAAUCUUACUCUCACCUGGGACGCAGAAGGGCCAAAGCCAGAUCGAAUACAGAGACGAAGGAAUCAGCACCGGAGAGGCCGGUGCCAGACGCCAAGCGGCCUCCUUUCGCUGCGGUGAAGAGCCUCAUCAAGUCCCCACCAAGAGAGGAGUCUCUGUCUUGGAGAGAUCAGGACAAACCUUUGCUCCAGUCCUUUCAACCUUCACACUCAUCUGCAGGAAAAAGGACUGCAGAAAGCACGCAUGCUGCUAAUGGGACAAACACCAGAGGCAUCACGGUGCCAGAGAAAACUGUCGGUAGCAAAGGCACCUCCCAUGAGAAGGACGCCCCGAUGGUGGACAACCUCAUGCCGACUGUCAAGCAGUCCAGCGAGAUGCAGUGGGAAUAUCACAACGUGGCCACAGACAUCGUCUCUGCCACACAAAGACCAGACCCAAGAGAACAACUGGAGAUGGAAUACAUCCAGCAGCUGCGGUCCCUUAUCCCCAACAAUAACGUGAGGAAGCUCAUUGCUCACAUGAUGCGGACUCUAAAAACGGACUGCUCUGAGCCUCAGUUGAAGCUGGCAUGUGCCACGCUCCUCUCUGAAACCGGCCUCCUGAUGAAGCGUCUCAGUGAGCAGGAGGAAGGAAAGGUUCCCAAGCCAGAAUGGGAUACGGACCAGUGGAAGACUGAGAACUUCAUCAGUGACAAUACCGAAGGCCAGGAUGAACAGAAACAGCCAGAGGAAAGUGAGCUCACAAAAGAAGUUCCAGGAUAUGGCUAUAAUAACAAAUUAUUCUUGGCAAUAUCUGUGACUGUACUCGUGAUGAUAUUGAUUAUAAUUUUCUGUCUCAUUGAGAUUUAUUCUCAUAGACCAGAGGAGUGUAAAGAUGGAAGAUCCAGGAUCUUCUUUGGAUUAUUGCUUCGUAGGAGAAGUUCAGUGGAACAUGAGCCUCAGGAGGACUUUUUCUGGCGAAGGCGGCCCCUGUGGUUGAGGGACAUGUAUCAGCCACUCAAUGCCAUACGUCAGAAAAACAUGGCACGGAAGCUACAUGACAAGGAUUCCUCUGACGAGGACGAGACUUUCAACAGAAACCAAGGGGAGCUCAGAGUAGUGAAAACAGAACUGACUCCUGAGGAGAAAGCAGCCAAGGAGACCAAAGCAGCCAUGAAGUCCCAGGGAGCACGGAAGACUCAGGCACCUCAGCGCCCCCCACCACCACUUGUCCCCCUGGCACGACAGACCAACAAAUCUCUACAUGACACCCUGACACCACAGACUCCCCCCCAGUCACGACAGUCCAUCAGGUCUUCACAGCCCCUCUCAGCACGACAGUCCAUCAAGGCUCCACAGGUCCCCCAUGCACGAGAGUCCUUCAGAUCCCAGGAGAUCCUGUCAUCACUGGAGAUCUCAACUCAGAUUGAUGAGGAGCAAUAG